GGCUACGAGCUGUGCACCAAAACACCAAGCAACCAAAAACUGUCCUACUUCUCUCCGUAAUGUAAUAUUCCCAAAUAAUUUGGGGCGUUUUGAGCUCAAAAAGUCCCAAAAAAUGGCAAUGUUGCAAGCAAUUCUUCCAUAUACUCCUCUCUCAAAAACCCCAAUACUCUGUUUUCCACAAAACCCAUCAAAUUCCCACCUCCACCUCCAUCUUCAUCAUUUCAUCAAAAAUUCAAAUAAAAAACCCAAAUUAUCAUUAAAAAAAGUAGACGCAAUUGCAUCAGAUGUUACCGUUGGAUCAUCAUCAUCUUCUGGAGGAGGAGAAGAUGAAGUUUUUGUGGGUCCCAGUAGCGAAGCAGAGGUCAGAGGAGUUAGAGAGGUGGCGGGUUAUGAUUGGACAACAGAAUGGUACCCUCUUUACUUAGCUAAGAACAUUCCAGAAGAUGCUCCUUUGGGUCUUACUGUAUUUGAUAAACAGCUUGUUCUGUAUCGUGAUGGUUCCGGUGAGUUAAGGUGUUAUGAAGAUCGUUGCCCACACAGGCUAGCCAAACUUUCAGAAGGACAAUUAGUUGAUGGGAGGUUGGAAUGUUUAUACCAUGGUUGGCAAUUUGAAGGGGAAGGCCAAUGUGUGAAGAUACCUCAGCUACCAGCAGGAGCCAAAAUUCCUAAACAAGCAUGUGUGAAGACUUAUGAAGUGAGAGAUUCUCAAGGAGUUGUGUGGGUGUGGAUGUCCCAAAGAUUCCCGCCAAACGCCGAGAAACUCCCUUGGUUUGAAAACUUUGCUAGGCCAGGGUUUCAAGAUAUCUCAACUACACACGAACUUCCAUACGACCACUCCAUUCUCCUCGAGAAUCUCAUGGACCCAGCCCACGUCCCAAUAUCCCAUGAUCGGACUGAUUGGAGUGCAAAACGAGAAGACGCUCAAGCGUUGCUUUUUGAAGUCAUAGAGAGAACAGACCGAGGUUUUGCUGGCUGGUGGGGUAAAGAAAGCGAGAAAUCUAUGUUAAAUUUUCUGAGGUUUGAGGCACCAUGUGUGCUCUCAAAUAGUCGAGAGAUAGUUGAUGAAAAGGGAGAAAAAAACUACUUCAGCGGGCUCUUCCUUUGCAGGCCAUCAGGGCAGGGGAAAUCCAUGCUAAUUGUGAGGUUUGGAGCCACUAAAAGAUCGCCUCUUGCUAAAUUCUUUCCCACAUGGUAUUUCCACCAAAAUGCUAGUAAGGUGUUUGAGCAAGACAUGGGCUUCCUCUCGUCCCAAAAUGAGGUUUUGAUCAGAGAGAAAGUCCCAACAAAGGAACUCUACCUGAAUUUGAAGUCUUCUGAUACUUGGGUUGCAGAAUACAGGAAGUGGAUGGACAAAGUUGGGCAUGGGAUGCCUUAUCAUUUUGGGCAUAGUACUAUUUCACCCCCUGAAAUUCCAGCAGUUGUUGAGCAUGCCCCAGCAGGCCUAUUUGCUGGACUCUCGGCUCAAUCUCCUGCUAAAGGUGGGCUUGGGACCAUGUAUGCCCCGAAUUGGUCUAACCGGUAUUUCCGACAUGUGAUCCAUUGCAAGGAAUGCAGUGGUGUCCUUAAAGCCUUUGAAACAUGGAAAAAGGUCCUCUCUGUUAUCGCUCUUUUAUCCACUGGAUUCGCCAUACUUGUUUCAGGAAGGCAGUGGAAAGCUCUAUGUUUAGUUACCACUUCAUUGUGCUUGGCUGGAGUAUAUGCUUGCUCUGCUGCAAUAGCAUUGAAUACAACAAAUUUCAUAAGGACUCACAGGAGGCUGUAAAUUUCCCCUUGUGUUGUGAGGAUAUAUAUUGGAUAUUUGGAUAGGAUAUAAAUGGAAGGACUGGGUUACUCUUACUACAAAUUUGAGAAUUCUAUGUUGUACAGAAAGCUCAUAGAAAAAAAUGGUAGGUAGUGAAAAUUUAUGUAUUCUGUUUUUUGGUUACGUAACUUUUGGCUGAUUUAAGUGGAAUGACUGAUCCCUACUGUGUGGAUGGAUGGAGUGAUGGACGCGGGUGGAUUGUAUUGUUACUAGCAUUUCUCUAUGUGUAAAGCAGGGUAAGUUCAGUCUCUUA